GAGGUGGGGGCUGUGUUUCUUGGGGUGAUUGGAUCUCUACAAGACUGUAACGCAACGCUCGACUCUUUGUAUUAGUGCCAUAAAGAAUGGUGUUCAAAUUCAUUUCAUCUCUCUUUGUCUCGACUAUUUUGAGGCGGCCAAUGCUAAUGCCCAUCCCAUUGACCCCAAUACGACCAAUGUUCGUUUUAUUUCUUCUUGUCUCUCCAAAUUCUUUCCUCAAUUCUUUACUAACUUGACCAAAAUGUUCUUUUCUUUUCCGUUUCUUUCUUCAUUACUUCUUGCAUCCACCGCCGUUUGGGCGGCUGCUCCGGCGGGGUUGCAGAGUCUGACUCCUGGAAACUUCAUAGCCGUUGAGGACGAGAAUCAGUUCUUAAUAUCCCCAAAUGGAACUUUUUCAUCUGGGUUUUAUCCUGUGGGCAGCAAUUCUUAUUGCUAUUCAAUUUGGUACACAAAUAGCUUCGAAAAAACUGUUGUAUGGAUGGCCAACAGAGACAAACCAGUUAACGGCGAGAAAUCCAGAUUGACACUCAACGUCGAUUCCAAUUUGGUUUUAACCGAUGCAGAUGGCACAAUUGUUUGGUCCACCGAUACAACUUCUAAUGGUGAAAUUCAACUCCAACUUCUUGAAACUGGAAAUCUCGUGGUAACGAAUCAAUCCCAAAAUUUCAUUUGGCAGAGCUUUGAUUUCCCUACAGAUACUCUGCUUCCACAACAGAGGUUCCUCAAGACAUCAACUUUAAUCUCAAAGCAAAAUCGAGGUGUAUAUUUAUCAGGAUUUUACUGCUUCAAAUUCAACGAUUACAAUGUAUUGAAUCUUUUGUACAACAGUCCUUCCCUUUCCGGUAUCUAUUGGCCUGAUACAAUGGUGACAGUUUUCGUCAAUGGUCGAUCUCCAUAUAACAGCUCCAGAAUUGCAAUUCUAGACGAAAUGGGUGGGUUUGAAUCCAGUGACAAAUUGAAAUUCAAUGCCACGGAUUAUGGGUUAGGUCCGAAGAGGAGAUUAACGGUUGAUUUUGAUGGGGUUUUGAGAUUAUAUAGCUUGGAUGAAUCAACUGGCAACUGGACAGUCACGUGGAUUCCUUCAGGUGCGCGUAUCGAUCCUUGUAUGGUUCAUGGGUUAUGUGGGGAUUAUGGUAUUUGUGAAUAUGACCCAUUACCGGCUUGUUCUUGUCCUCCCGGUUUCAUUAGAAACGAUCCUUCAGAUUGGACUAAAGGGUGUAAACCACUUAUGAAUUUGACUUGUAAUUCUAUUAAUCCUUCCAAAGAAAUGGAUUUCAUUGCUCUUCCUAAUACGGAUUACUUUGGGCAUGAUUGGGGUUAUGCAGAUAAAUUCUCCAUUGAAAUGUGUAAGAAUUGGUGUCUUAGUAGCUGCGAGUGUACAGGAUUUGGAUAUGCACUCGAUGGUACAGGACAAUGUUAUCCCAAAAUGGGUCUUCGUAAUGGGUAUCGAAAGCCCAGUACGGCUGUGCGUAUGUUUAUUAAGGUCACGAAAGAUGAGUACUCAUCGUCGUUGGCGCUACGACAUACAACAAACGAAUUGAAUUGCUCUGCUUCACAGAUUGUUUUAGGAACAGAGCAUAUGUAUGCAGAGAAGAGUAAUAAGUUUCGAUCAAUGGGGUUGUUAGUUGGAGUGGUGGUUGCUAUUGGGAUUAGUGAACUCAUUUUCGUUGGCUUUGGUUGGUGGAAUGUCUUCCGUCAACGAGUGAAUGAAGAAUUGGUUAAUAUGGGUUACAUCGUAUUAGCCAUGGGGUUCAAAAGAUUUUCAUACGAUGAAUUGAAGAGAGCUACUAAAAAUUUCAAGCAAGAGAUUGGGAAAGGAGGGUUUGGAACUGUUUACAAAGGAGAAUUAGAUGAUGGAAGAGUUGUAGCAGUGAAGAGAUUGGAUGGUGUUUUACAAGGAGAAGCAGAGUUUUGGGCUGAAGUUAGCAUAAUUGGGAAGAUUAAUCACAAAAACUUAGUGAAAUUAUGGGGUUUUUGUGCUGAUAAACACCAUAAAAUGUUGGUUUAUGAGUAUGUAAAAAAUGGGUCAUUGGACAAAUUUCUAUUCUCUGAUUCAUCUCAAGUGUUGGGAUUAGAACAGAGAUAUGAGAUUGCAGUUGGAACAGCAAAAGGGUUGUCUUAUUUACAUGAAGAAUGUCUUGAAUGGGUUCUUCAUUGUGAUGUCAAGCCUCAAAAUAUACUUCUUGAUGAAUCCAUGGAGCCAAAAGUUGCUGAUUUUGGGAUGUCGAAGCUGUUUCGAGAGAUUAGUGAAAGUGGUUUCUCAAAGGUGAGAGGGACCAGGGGUUAUUUAGCUCCAGAGUGGAUGAUGAAUCUUAAAAUUGAUGCAAAGGCAGAUGUUUACAGUUAUGGGAUUGUUGUAUUGGAACUUUUAAGUGGAAAGAACGCAUAUGGUUUUGAAUCGUCUACUGUUUGUAAAGAUGGUGGAAGGGAUACAGAUAUGGUGAAAUGGGUAAUGGAAAGAGCAGAGAAAGGUGAGGUUGAGAAAGUGAUGGAUCCGAGAUUGAAGGUGGAAGAUAAGCAAAAUAAGAAGAAGAUUGAAAUAUUGUUGAAAGUGGCUUUGUUAUGUGUGAAGGAAGAUAGAAAUAUGAGGCCUGCUAUGAGUAGAGUUGUUGAACUCCUUACUGGCUAUGAAGAACCAAGCUCACAUGGAGAUGUUUGUUGAUCCAAAAAAUCAUUGGAAAAGCAUUUAAUACUUCCAAUUAGUAACUUUUGUCUAACAAAAGCUCUAUUCAUUUAAUUUCAAAGUGCUUACCUUUUAUU